UGAUGUCAUUCAUCACACACUCACACAUAGAACAGGUCGCCAGUCGACCCGCGCCGCUGUUUACAUUUGUAUAGCGAUUAUAUCCUUCUUCCCGUGGUGACUUCACGACAAACCGCGUCUGUGAUUUAAUUUAUUAUUUAUUGUACAAAAUAGUUUAUAGUUACAAAAUGGCAAACAACAGGGCGACCAAAUCUGGAUUUGCCGCGGAGGCUCAAAGAAAGAUCAACAGCAAAUACAGCGAAGAGCUUGCUGAAGAAUGCUUAGAAUGGAUCAGGGUGAUAACUGGAGAGCCCAUCAACGUGUCUGGGGACAUGGAUAACUUCUAUGAAGUACUUAAAGAUGGCACCCUUCUGUGCAAGCUCGCGAACAGCAUCAAACCAGGCCAAGUGAAGAAGAUAAACGAAUCCAAAAUGGCGUUCAAGUGCAUGGAGAACAUCAACGCGUUCCUCGAAGCGGCUAAACAGUUCGGUGUGCCCGCCCAGGAGACCUUCCAAACUGUCGACCUGUGGGAGAGGCAGAAUCUCAAUUCCGUUGUAAUUUGCUUACAGUCGCUGGGUAGAAAGGCCCACAAUUACGGCAUGCCGUCAAUAGGACCAAAGGAGGCCGAGAAGAACGUACGCAACUUCACCGAAGAACAACUGAGGGCGGGUCAAGGCGUCAUCUCCUUACAGUACGGCUCCAACAAAGGCGCCAACCAAAGCGGCAUCAACUUUGGCAACACAAGACAUAUGUAAACAGAUUAAAAACAUUACCAUAGCCAACAAUAAACUUGUCGUAACUAUGGAAAUUUUGGCGCGAAACCGCCACAGUCAAUAAAUGUUCAAUCCAUAGAUUAUAUAAGUAGUUCUGAUUAGCAUAAAAAAAGUACUUAGAAUGGCGAUAUUAUUCGAGUCUUAAUCUCAAUAAGGACCAUUAUACAAACUGCGUAUUUAGAAUCUCUAUAAGUGAAAUAUAUUCAAUUGAUCUGUGUUUAAAAUUUUAUAAAUGUACUAGUUUAUAUUGCAUUCCGCAUUCAUUCCAUGAUUGGAUUUACUUUAAUAUAAUGACAAGUAAGAUUCUUUUGAUCUUACUGUAGUUUAAUAAGUCGGUUAGCAUUUGUUUUAUUUACGAAAAUAAUAAUAUAAGCAUUUUAUUACUAGUUCUCCUAAUUCUUUAAGAUCUUCUAAUCUGAAGUGAAAUGCCAAUUUCCGACUUCCUUAGCUUUUUUCUUAUGCAUAUUUAUCUUUAUAAAAUAAUAUUGUGCCUUUGAAAGUCCUAAAAGGUUUUUAAUUGUUCAUCGAAGGUGACUAAAAUAUAAAGUAUUUUCCAAAUUAUCAAGAACUAUUCUUGAGUCAUUUUAUAAUGAAAUUAAUUCAUUCCACGUUAUAUUUAUUGUGUUGUUACUGUGAUUAACCAUUAUAUAAAAUUCCUCUAUUCUUAUAGUUAUAUAUUUUUAUGAUUCAUUUUUGUAAGUUUCACGAAGUUUAGACUUUGUGAAAGUACGUAGUAAUAAAUAAUAAUCACAAAAA